AUGAUGUCCAUGGGAUGCGGCAUGGUCCCGAUGAUGUAUCCUGGAGUGCAGCAGUACAUUUCGCCUAUGGGAAUGGGCAUAGGUAUGGGGAUGGGUAUGGAGAUUGGCAUGAACAGGCCAAUGGUGCCAUAUCCACCUCUUUUACCAGGUGCGAUGAUGCAGAAUGCAGCAGCAGCAGCAGCACAAAUGGGUCCUAGAUUUCCUAUGCCUCCAUUUCAUUUGCCACCAGUUCCAGUUGAUCCAUUGCAAGCCUCAAGUCAGCCAGAUCCAACGCUAAAUCCACUUGUCGCACAUAAUCCGAACCAGCCAAGACUUCCGAACUUUAAUGAUCCAUAUCAACAGUUUUUUGGUCUCCAUCAGGCGCAAGUCGCAUUACCGCAGAAUCAGGCAGUAGAACAGCCCAGCAACAAUAAAUUCAGCAGCAGCAAAGAAGUUGGAAAUCCUGGGAAUCAUCAAUCUGGUUGAUUACCUAAAGCUAGAACUUUUGAAGCUUCCCACAAACUAAAUUUUGUAGCCUAAGAGGAAUAUCGAGUGCAGUCUACUCCGGCUGGCUGAUACAAAUAUAGCAUCACUAACUUGUAAUUAUUACUAUAGUACCCAAUUUGCUUUUACAUAUUGUGGCCCUGAGAUCUCAUUUCCAUUUUGGCAUAUGUGGAUAUAAUUUGAGGCCAGUUUUUUAACGGCAUAAAGUGAUCUGAAGGGGUUUUAAGCAUUUCCCAGGCUUAUGAUUCUUCGGCCCCCAAAAUUCAUGCGUCUGCUGCCCCUUAAUUUUAACUGCUGCAGACAUUGAUAAUCAUAAACAUAUUCAUGAUAA